AUGUCCGACUAUCAGAUCUCCGUGGAGGAGCUGAACGACCUGCUGGCUAACGGGAGCGGCUGCUACAGCCUCCCCAGCGCGCACAGCAACGAGGUGGCCCCCCGCAUCCACGUGGGGAACGCGCGAGGCCUUUGGAGGUGGAGGAACAAUUACCCAGAACAACCCCCUGAGUUUGUUCAGUCUGAGAGGAAGGACCUAAGCCAUUUCAAGGUGUUUUCAUUCACCCCUGCAUGUUCUUGGAGGUUCAUAGCCAAGAAUAUCAUGAGGUUGCAGCGCCUGGGCAUAACCCACAUCCUGAAUGCAGCAGAGGGAAAAUCCUUCAUGCAUGUGAACACUAAUGCAGAGUUCUACGAAGGCACAGGCAUCACCUACCAUGGCAUUAAAGCUAAUGACACCCAAGAAUUUAACCUCAGUCGCUAUUUUGAGGAGGCAGCUGACUUUAUUGACAGUGCGCUGUCCCAGAAGGAUGGCCGGGUGUUUGUGCACUGCCGUGAAGGCUACAGCCGCUCCCCGACACUGGUCAUUGCGUAUCUGAUGCUUCGCCAGAACAUGAAUGUCAAGUCCGCAGUGAGCGCUGUCCGGCAGAAGCGGGAGAUUGGGCCCAAUGAUGGCUUCCUGAAGCAGCUCUGCCAACUCAAUGAGAGAUUAGUGAAGGAGGGCAAACUGAAGCCCUAAACCGAGGAGCUGCAUUUUCUCAGAGGGGCUCUCCGGACUGUCAAAGGGUGCACGUUAGGUGCUUUAGAUACCCAAACUUAAACUGCUAGGCUAGGUCAUGCGGUGUGAUGGAGGCAGAGUCCCUUCUUGUCUAGUGAAAGUAUCUUCCCACAUGUCUGGGUCUGUCCUUUAAAACAGCACAAAGCUCCAUCACUCCUAGGAGUUGUUACACUAAAGGAAGCUCUUUAGAGGGAUAAUUCCAACACCGUAUCAGCUGUCAUCACAUAUGUUUGUUUCAGAGCCCACUGGAGGUCCCAUGACAUACGUGCUUCGCAUUGACUUUGGAUGUCAUUUAUUUAAGCUUCAUGUUCUUGAAUCCCAUCAGUGCAGCUCAGCCGCAUGGGUGCCCAAGAGCAGAAACGCACCUCCCUUCACUUGCUUUUAAUUGAAGUACUGUAUUUUUAAAAGUGUAUCUCACACACUCACAGGUGCCUAAAGUCUGAGUGUAGGAGCUUGCAAAGAUAGAGAAGUAUAUAUGCAAAUACACAGAUGCACUCACCCCUAUUAGUGUGUAUAGCUUUGUGUGUGGUAUGGAUAUAUACAAUACAAUGUACAUACAGAGCUUGAGUGUGGCAGUAAAGCCAUCCAGAAUCUGAUGUUAAUACAAGUACCCUUGUAAA